AAUUUAUUAAUCUGAGGUGAGCCAUGCAGGAAGCUGCUGUAAAUUAGAGGAUCAACCGGACAGGAAGAUCUGCCACACAUCGACCAUUUUUAUUUCGUGAACGCUCGUAGCUGACGACCUUUCGAAUUCAACAUGGCAACCGGAAGUUGGAGUCACCCUCCUCGUCCAUUUGAUGAUGUAGAUGUGGAAGCUAUUGACACACUGUCUCUUGACUUUGGACGUUUUGAAAGAGUUAACAGAUGGAAAGGAAUGCCAGAAUGUGAUGAAUUUGUGGGAGCAAGACGAAGCAAACAUACUCUUGUUGCUUGGAAUGAUGCUUUAUAUGUUUUUGGCGGUGACAAUGGAUUGCCUCCUGCAAGAUCUGCACAUGGUGCAGCAAUCUAUCAGAACAACUUGUGGAUCUUUGCUGGUUAUGAUGGCAACAAAAGACUAGACGAUCUUUGGACCAUUUGCUUGACAGACCCUAACCCAGUCUGGCAGGAAGUGCAGCAGUCUGGUGACAGGCCACCCACAUGUUGUAACUUUCCUUUAGCUGUGGUGAGGGACAGCAUGUUUGUGUUUUCAGGUCAAAGUGGAGCAAAGAUCACAAAUGACAUGUUUGAGUUCAGCUUCCUGGAUCAUAGAUGGACUCGUAUUCCUUCCGCACAUCUGUUACGUGGUUCACCCCCUCCUCCUCAGAGACGUUAUGGCCAUAGCAUGGUGCCAUUUGACCGUUAUUUGUACGUGUUUGGAGGAGUGGCAGAUAACACGCUACCAUCAGAUUUGUACAGGUUCUCUCUUGACGAUAAAUCUUGGGAGGUUGUGCAGCCGGCACAAGAUAGUGAGGUUCCGUCAGGACGCCUCUUUCAUGACGCAGAUGUUAUCAACAAUGAGAUGUACAUCUUUGGAGGCACUAUUGAUAACAACGUACGAAGUAGCGAACUGUACAGAUUUCAGUUGGCGAGUUAUCCCCGCUGUACUCUCAGAGGUGAUUUUGGUCGGUUGUUGGACAGCAAACAAUUCUGUGACAUGGUCUUCCUUGUUGGCAAGGAAGAAACUCGAUUCCUGGCCCACGCGGCCUUUGUUGCGGCCAGAUCGCCGUGGCUGAGGAAACAGUUGUUGCGUGCUAGAGAAAAGUUAAAGAGAGUAGAUGGAGACAGAUAUCAGGAUCAAGAAGUGGACAAACCAGAAGUAAAGCUCCCGGAAGUUGAAGUACAGUCCUUCGCCGUGACUCUUCGUUAUAUGUAUACAGAUUGUAUCUUCCCAUUGGUGAAAGAUUGCCAGGGUUUACAGGAAAUAAGUCUUAUCAUGGAUGUGUACAGGUUGGCUUUGAAGCUUGAAAUUGGUGCACUUGAAGCGCUAUGUGUACAGUACAUCGAGUCCUCUAUCUGUCAAGAGAACGUUCUUGUAGCGCUUGACAGCGCCGCUCGACUGCAGCUGGAUCCCCUAAAGGAUUUCUGCCUUCGCUUCAUUGUUCGAGAGGCAAACUACAACAACAUCAUUAUGAGCAAGAAUUUUGAGUCUGUGCCUCAGAAACUCAUGGUUGAGAUUAUCCGGAGACGGCAAGUUCCACAGGCGAUGGUUCAUGUUCCGGGAGACAAUCAGUGCCGAUCAACGCACCCAGAAAAGACUUUACAACAAGACAUGAUGGAGUUUCUCCAGGGCGCGCGCGGUGAGGACUUUCAUGACAUUACUUUGAUGGUGGACGGGGAACCGAUCGGAGCACACAAGGCAGUGUUGGCUGCAAGAUGCAGUUACUUUGAGGCAAUGUUUCGUUCAUUUAUGCCCGAGAAUAACACUGUAACAAUUACAAUUGGCGAGACGAUUCCAUCACGAGAAUCAUUCAACUCCCUCCUUCACUAUGUUUAUCAUGGUGAUGUGUCCAUGCCUCCAGAGGAUUCACUAUAUCUCCUGUCUGCUCCCUAUUUCUUCGGCUUCACUAACCACCGCCUCCAGGCAUUCUGUAAACAGAACCUUGAAAUGAACGUGUCCUUUGAAAAUGUGGUCGAGAUUCUUGAGGCGGCUCAUAGGAUUGGGGCUGCGGACAUGAAGAAACAUGCUCUGGAUCUUGUGGUUGGACAUUUCGUGAAGGUCGCCAAAUCUCCAAAUCUCAGGAGACUAAGCCGAGAUCUACUCCUGGAGAUACUAGACGCCAUAGCAGACUAUCUAAAAGAUUCAACCAUCGCUGUUCACCCACGGUGAUCAGUUCCGAUACACAUGCUACAUUUGUAAUCAAGAUGGAACUGGGUUUCCAUUUGUUUAAGUCGUCUGGCAAAGCCUGCCCAAAUCUCAGUAAUUUUGUGUCUAUCCAAGGCAGGGCUGAAGGGGUCAAAGGAUGUGUGGGAUCCAUUUCUGUCUGGAAAAUCAACGAACACCCUGUCUUGCUACAACAACUUCCGCUUGUAGGACGCUAAAGGAGGAAAAUCUCGCUUACGCUUCUGUUUGUUGAGGCAAGGACGGAAAUAAAGGAUCGUACCGUGGUGGGCUACGGAGCAUGUCCAAACUGUAGUCUCUAUCAACAGUUACGUUUUGUAGAACAAAACAAAGAAAACGGACUCUAGGAACCUAGUGCACUCGUAUCACUGUUGGAAGUUUCAUAAAAAGAGGCCUCAUUUCGUCUUUUAAAACCUUGCGGCGAAAGUUUAACUGAUCCAGUUUAGAAUCUGCUACCGACGCAAAACUCGUAUUCUCAUCAAAAUGCAGAGUCUGAUUUUGACUCUUUGCUUCCGAAUGGGUACUUUACAAGGUGGUCAUUGGCACAGGUUGUUUACGCAUGGGCUGUCGCAUCGUUAAGGUGGAAGAGGGGGUUUCAAGGACGCAUGUGACCCCCCCUCUGUGGUCUGAAAAAGUAAAAAUGACAAAUGAAACAUCCUGACAUGCUCUUAAAUUCCUGCUAUAGGACUCCUCCAUUAACCCCCUAAUUCCAGUUCUUGGCAAAAAAGAAGUUUAAAAUGCAACUAUAUUCAGUUGGAAUGACAUUGUGCAAAUGAUUCUUUAAAAAAAUCUAAUGAAUGGUUUCCUAUUGUUGUUUAAAAUGCCUCGAAGAUUUAUUUAUACCAUUACAAAUCCAGAGCUUUCCACAGAAUAUUUUCUUUGGAAUAUUUUUCUCUGUUUGUUAUCCUAGUCUAUUUUCAGGGAUUGGAACACCGCGUAAAUCACAGUUCAAAGAUUGUUCGUGUUGAUUCGUGCUGCUAACCGAGGGAGCAUCUGGAGAAAAGAGAAUUAUACUAUUUGGUGACAAACAUGUUUGAGUGAGAAGUGUUUUUUCUAUUUGCAUUUGAAAAACUAGGCUCGUUACACAAAGCUUAUGCAGGUGUAUCUUAAUAUUUCCGCUUUUUUUCUUUAAUUUUGAAUAAUUAUAACUUCCCUGGAAUUAGCAGGAAUUUCUCUACCGUUCGUAAUUUAACGUUUUUUGGAGUUAAUGUGAAGAUACUAGUCAAAAAUCGAUUGAACAGUUUUUAUUUUAAAAGCUAAGUUUAUCGCUGGGACAUCGGUUCCACUAACAAGUAUUAUAUUCUGAAAUUAAAAGCGCGCGAAUAUUGAGUGUAUGGUUUAAGACGAAUGCAAAUUAUUGGCGACUGAAGAUCACGGUUGCCAAGUUUGUUUGUAUUAUUUGCCAAAUUUUUUUUCUCUGUUUUCUUAUCCAGAUCAUAGCUAUAGUAGAGUUGUUUUACGGAAAAAUACAGAUUAUUUUUUUAAAUAGUAUACCGUAUUUUACAAGAUUUUCAUGCUGAGAACGAAACGACCGCUCUAUUCGCGUUGUAUUCGGAAAACACCGUCCACUACCUUAGACUUAUUCCCGUAAUGAUAAAAUUUAAAAUCAGUAAAAAUUUUUAAAAAUUUA